AUGACGCCUGCAAGGCUGGAUCGUUGCCAGUACACCACGGAGCACUUCGCAGCAUCCUUGGAAGAUGUGCUGAGAACAUAUAAGCAUCAGAUUACGGUGCUAUUUUUGUCUGCGUUCUUGGUCUGGCGAUGGGGUCUUCAUGGAUUUGGUACACACUUGUCGGUGGCACUAGCACUUAUCUUGCUUGUUUUCAACGCAUAUCUUGGUGCUCGCACCUGGGCCGAUCUACAUUUUCAGAACGAAAUGUACCUGAAGUAUCACAUAAUAUAUAUGCGGAUCUUAUUACAGCGAAAUGUGUCCCACACUCGCCCCGUCGUUGGUGACGGCGAAAAAUUCCGGCGGAACACGCCUAGUCCUGUAUGGAUUGAGAGGAAUCCGUAUUGUGGUGAACAAGAAGGUGGUGGAGUUGUAAAAUGA